CCUGUACUAUGUCCACAGUCUCUGGUCAUCUCUUGUACUGUGUCCGCAGUCUCUGGUCAUCUCCUGUACUAUGUUCGCAGUCUCUGGUGAUCUCCUAUACUAUGUCCACAGUCUCUGGUCAUCACUUGUAGUAUGUCCACAAUCUCUGGUCAUCUCCUGUACUGUGUCUGCAGUCUCUGGUCAUCUCCUGUACUAUGUCCGCAGUCUCUGGCCAUCUCCUGUACUGUGUCUGCAGUCUCUGGUCAUCUCCUGUACUAUGUACGCAGUCUCUAGUCAUCUCCUCUACUAUGUCCGCAGUCUCUGGUCAUCUCCUGUACUAUGUCCGCAGUCUCUGGUGAUCUCCUAUACUAUGUCCACAGUCUCUGGUCAUCUCCUGUAUAUGUCUGCAGUCUCUGGUCAUCUCCUGUAGUAUGUCCGCAGUCUCUGGUCAUCUCCUGUAGUAUGUCCGCAGUCUCUGGUCAUCUCCU